AUGUCACACUCGCAAACGCAAACACAAUUUGAGGAACGCAACUAUAAUUUAUUGAAACGCAUGCAGAUCAACGCACACGCAAAUGCAGAGACAAGCUCGCAAGGUCAAGCCAUCCCAGCCGGACUCGACCUCGGUACCAUUUGCGAGGCACUUGAAGGAUUACGUGUCUCGUAUGAGUUGUUGGACAGACGAUAUUCACAGGAGCAAGAGAUAGCUAUAGAAACUACUUCCCGCUGUUUUCUGGUCGUGACAUCGUGGGAUUCGCAGGUCCAACUUUCGUCACCCUCCAUGGAAGGACAAUCUAUGGUAGAGAAUGAAUCCGAGAAGACAAGGAGGCGCCUUCUCGAUAGUCCUGCGAAGGACGCAAGACGACAGCUAGCUGACAUGGAGGCGGAGAUCCGGCAGGAAAAGAAACCACAAGCGAAGAAUGACGAACCUCUUCAUAUCUGCUCGGAUCUCAAGAAAGAUAUAAUCCCAGAUUUGUCGCCGGUCCUUGCAGAAACAUAUGGACGGAGUGAAUGCAGGCACGAUUGCGGGGGUUCAACGUUCAAGUUCUGGCAUUACAGGACGUCUUGCUUCGACGGCAAUAAGCGAGAACACCACAUUUUGAACGACGAGCAGGAUUAUGAGCUUGAGUAAUGGUGAAGCCCGGCGCUCUCAGUGGAGCUAUCAUGACACGAUCUGUCGUCCGUCGUAAAGUUUCUCCUCUUUCCGCAUAAACAAAUUUUAUUUGCAGUUCUUAAUAAACAACACAAGCGGUACCUUCGUCGUCAUGUCCAUGCCAUCCUCGAGUCCAAGUUUCAGUACGAUGAGAACGGCACGACGGAAGGCGUCUUUGCUGCCGAUGUUAGAUGUCGUCGUUGGUAGAUCCUGACGCUAUGUCCUGGGACUAUUCCUUGUUAUCGCUUGUACUUGUACUUAUAACACUAGAUCCUUCUUCAUCGACACCUAUGAUUGUACGGUACCUCAAGAAACUUCCAUAGCCAAUACUUCCUCCCGAAUACAUGUUCUCUCCGGUUCUGACAAAAAUCACGACCGAUCUUCACUAAUACCAC